UCAGCAUCCCCAUCUCUUGAGACCUCUCUCUCUCCCUCAGGCCUUUUCGGUUGUGAAAUCCCCUACAAGUCAAAAUACCUCCAAAUACCCUCCAAUCCUCUUGACAAAGGCCGCCCCUCGCCGCGCCUCCUCCUCCCUCCCGUCCCCUCGCCUCCCUUUUCCGCUUCUCGAUUCUGCUCCGACGUCAGAUCUGUCGGAUGGAUCCGCGGCCCCCAGACACGUCGGAGGAGCCGGGUGCCCCUUCCACCGCCCGCGCCAGCGCCGCGUCGUCCAAGGGAGCUCCCGUCACAUGUACGACUCCGCGCGGCCGAUAGGAGGAGGGUUUUGUUGCUUGCUUGCCGUCGCGAUAAUCGCGGAAAAGCUUCGUUUCCGUUUCACAAGCCGCCGCAUUAAUCUGUGUGCGGUAUUGCUACUGCUCCCGGUCUCAUUGCCCUAGAUAGAGACGAGUAAUUCGAUCAGUUCGAACAAGCCAGCCAACAUUUGUGAAGCUGUGUAAGCUUCUCAAGUCUUCUUUUCCUCUAGCUGGACGAUUGUGCAGUUUUGUUUUUCUUGUUUUCCUUUCCUGUUUCGUAGGAUAGCCUUCCUGUUUCUCUUUUUUUUUUCUUGUUAUGUUGUAGUUGGCGAUCAGCUAAACAUCUCCUUCAGUUAUCAGCCAAAACCAGAAAACCUACUGACAGAAAUACAAAAACUUGACAGCGUCACAUGACUGCAGGAAUUAUAUAAAAGAAUCAAAACUUACAUGAUUUAUGUUGGAUCUGAAGCCCAUGCUUUUAUAAUAUCAGGGUUACAUUAUUGACUCUAGACACAACUGGAUAUAUGUUCGACUCUAUAAUAUAAAUCCCAAGAUUUUACAAAAAAUCUUAAUGUAUAUAUACAACUGGACAUUUGACUGUAGAUACAUAUCAGAUAUGUCGAGAAUUUAACAUUAUAGGAUUUCUUUCCGCCAUCGACUACGUUUAACAUCUACACAUCGUCUCUUUUUGGCUAAAGCAUACAUGUCAUUGCCCUAUAAAUUUGUACUAUAUAUGUACUGAAGAACACGUCAAGGAGUUAAAUACUAUUAUCAUAUAGUAUAAAACUCCAGGGAAAUAUAGGAUAACAUGGGAAGUUGGGAGAUAAAAAAGAGGUGAAAUUGACAUGUGAAAACUUGUUUUUAUGAAUACUUCUCAAGUUCUGCAUGGCACAAUUAUUACUUACGAAUAGUGCUAGGUAAGGUAGAAGGAUUGGAAAACUUGAAAAUAUCUAUUGGUUAAGCUUCUACAUGACGUGUUAAUUUAUCACCAGAAAGAUUAGUGCAUUUGUGAGCUGAACGGAAGUCUUUUUAAAGCCUCAAAACACUGUUCUUCAUGAGUUCAGCCAGGUCCAUAUUCGUCACCUGCUUAUUGACACCUUCAUGAGAUUCAUUCUCAUGAAGAUGGCCUUGGUCUGAUGUGGUUAGGAGGAGACACCAAUCUCAUGGAGAUGGCAUUGGUCUGAUGUGGUUAGGAGGAGACACCGAAAAGGAAUAGUGUGAAAGUUCUGAGAUUUGCAGACCAUAGGCACAAUUUUUUCUAUGUCAUUAGGAGUUGUAAUAAAUUACUUAUAGGAUUUAAAGCAUUAAAAUGACCAUAGUAAAUUCUGCGUAUGCCUGAUGGUGCAUAUAUGUGACAUUCAACAACAAAAGCUAUGGAAAAACUGACCUUGUCAAAUUCACCCUCUCCUUUACUUGCACGCCACAUGCUACAAUAGUACGUGUGCUAAUUAGCUCAAGUAAACAUUUGUUUUCUUGGAAUCCAGAAAGAAGUGUUAUAAUUUAAGUGCUCCAAAUACAAUACAACAACAUAUAAUUUCUUUGAUACUUAUAGCGACAUCAUUUUUACAAAUUGCAAAUAAUUGUCACUUUAAGAUGGAUGUCAAAUAAUAUUAAGCACUAUAAAUAAAACUCUACCAAAAUUGAAGGAGCAUCAUAUUUUUAUAUUUUCAGCAUAGGCUUGUCAACAUGCAUCACAUAGGGACUACCUAGAGAUUUCUUUUUGCAAGUGACUUACAGAUUUAUAUUAACUGUUGUAUAUAAAAAAAUAGCUACUAUGCUGAUAUUAAACAAAGCGUGAACAUGCAGACAUGCUUUUGUUGGAUAUUUACGGAUUUGAAAGUUUCAAGACAAACAGGUACUUGUCUGGAACGCUUUUGCAUUUGACCCUGUGUUACGCUCAGUUUGCGGUUGCUGAAUUGUGUUGUGCUGAAACCAAUUAAUCAGAACAAGAAAAUUUAAUAACAGGACCAGGCUAUGCAAGACCUGGUCUAACAUUAUAAGUUCACACACCUUAAGAUAUGUGAAUGAGAUUUACAGGUUUCUCAGUAAAUAUAUGAUCAAACUCCCCCUUUUGCUUCACCAAUAUCUGAAGACAUAAUCUGGUUGAGGCAAUAUUCUUUUGGACACGGAUAUUUUAUGUAUUCUGACUGUAUAUAAAACAUCAUGCAGUGAACAUAUUUUAUUUAGAAACUUAUUACUAUAACAUGAUGCAUCUAACAACCCAUGCGAUACUAGUUAUUCGGAGAAUAAUUUAGUGGAAUUAGCUAUUUAUGUUUGUGACCUUUCCUCUUGCAGUAAGGACUGUUUGGAAUCAUGGAAGUGCUAGGAAAAGGAGACAAGAAUGGCAAAAACGGUGAACUGAAGUAUGACCCCCAAUCUGGCAUGAGGAAUGGUGUGUUUGAAUGGCAAUGCUGUCAGUUCGAAAAGGUGUCUAGUCGAACACCUGAGUUGAUGCGCGACAUGAGGGCCAGUGCACAGAAGAUGCGUGUCCACUUCAAGGACACUGAAGAUCUCAAAGUGUGGGAUGCUUAUGAAACAAAUGAUCUCAAUGCAUAUGAACAGGACCUCGAAACCUCUCUUGGAACACCUGAGGUUACCUCGAUCGGUUUCCUCAUCUGCCAUGGGGACGAGCUGCAGCUGGACAGAGAGGAGCACGUGGAAGGUGGUAGACCCAAGCGGAAGCGACCGAGUAAUAGGGGAAAAGAUGGGUGAAAAAAUCUUAUGCGCAGACUAUGGAAGUGUAACAACCCCAAUGCAUUCAUUUACAACUUUGUAUCUUUCCUUAUAUGACACCUUCCUAUGUUGACAUGUUGAGUGUGAAUAAAGUUUAAGCAUGGCCUUCA